AUGGCGCUCUCUCUCCCUAAAAUAGGCAUCCUCUCCAUCGGCGACAUGGGCAUGGGCAUCGCCAAGCUGCUCGUCUCCAAGGGCUUCUCGGUCGCCACGAACGGUCAAGGGAGAAGCCAAGCAACCCUCACGAGAGCGCGGGACGCCGACGUCGAGGUCCUCAACUCGGACGUCCACCUGGUUGAAUCGCGGCCCUUCAUCCUCUCCGUCGCGCCGCCCCGGGACGCCCUCGGCAUCGCGCAGCGCAUCAUUGACGCGACCAGGGCCGCCAGCCUCGACAAGCCGCUGUACUUCACCGACCUCAACGCCGUGUCCCCGGCCACGUGCAAGCGGAUGGCCGGCAUGUUCGACGACGCCGGGAGCCCGGUGCGCUUCGUGGACGGGUGCAUCAUCGGCGGUCCGCCGAAGCUCAAGACCAGCGCCGGCACCGGCGUCGGUGGGGCACCGGGAUCGUGGUACGUCCCCAGCAUGCCGGCCUCCGGGCGGUAUCCCCUAGCCGAGGCGUGCGCCGAGCUCGCCGAGACGCUGAACAUGCGGCACAUCUCCCCCGAGGUCGGCGCCGCCAGCGGUCUCAAGAUGUGCUUCGCGACGGCGACCAAGGGCUUCAUGGGCCUCGGCAUCCAGGCCUUCACCACGGCCUCGGCGCUCGGCGUCGUCGGCGAGCUGAGGCGGGAGAUGCGUGAGGCCGCGCCGGGCCUGCUCGACUUCGCCGAGGCGUCCAUCCCCCUGGUGCCGCCCAAGUCGUAUCGCUGGGUGCGGGAGAUGGAGGAGAUCUCGGACACGCACCGCGACGAGGGCGGGUUCGACGCCGGCGCCGACGUCUUCCGCGCCAUGGCCGAGCUGUACCGCAUCAUGGCCGAGGAUCCCGUGUUGGGCGCGGAGAAGGUCGGGGAUAGGAGGGCGGGCGAGUCGGUGGACGGCCUUGCUGCGGCGUUGGCGGAGGGGCUGGCCGGCCGGAAGAAGAAGAGUCUCCCCGCUGCUUGA